GCCAUAGGGGCCGAGCAGAGGGAGCGGGUGUGAGGGAUGGGAACGGGGCUGCAGCCCUGCCUGUGCAUCUUGGUGGCAAGUUGUUUUCUGCAAGGAUAAGCUUUCCCUGUGCAUCCAGUGCAGAACUCCCGCAUGGCAGCUGGGCCCUGUGGCGCUCUUGUCAGGCUGUAUGCAGGGAAGGAGCCUGUGGAAAUCUGUCUCUGAAUAACAUCCCCACUUGAGUCAGGAGACAGGUAGCUGCUUUGCUUCUGUCUGUUGUCCUUGAGGCAAGUUGGGACAGGUCUGUGAAAAGGCCAGUUUCCCUUCACCGGGCAAGAAAGUGGUCUCUCCCCCACCCCAGAUGCUGAGAGCAAGGUCUUCUCUCAGCGGGCAGUUGCUUGGAGGGGAACAACCAACCUUCCCUGCAGAGACACAUGUACAGCUCAGCUGCACAGAGGCUGUGGCAGUGGCCAAGCAGCGUGGCCAGAGCCCAGACAGCUGCUGCAGGGUGACCCAGUACCGGGGAGGCCGUGCCUUGGUGGCUGACGGUCCUGAUGCUCCCCAGGCCAGCAGUGAGUGGUAGGUGCUGGAUCAGUGUGCCGCAGAGGAGGCGGCUGGUGCUGCAUCUUGGGAGUGUUUCAGGGGGUUAGUUCAAUACCUGGGCUUGGGUAGAAGUUGACCCUGCAUGGAGAAAGAGGCUGAAGUCUGCAGAGGCUUGGGAUGCAGGAGGAACUUAUUUUGCACCAGUUUACCCAUUGAUGGGACCUGUGCAGAUGCAGUUCUUGCUGACCCAUUGCUGGUGAGGCUGUGAUGACCUGGGGAGGUUGCUUCAGAAGGCAGAGCCUGGUGAGUGGUGGGUGGAAGCAGGACAUGGCUGCUGUGUGUAACCUCCUUUCCCUUGCCCCUUGCAGCUUACCUCUCUCAGAACAGCAUGGCACGACGCACGAGGAGCAGCAGGGCCUGGCAUUUCGUCCUGAGUGGGGUGCGGCGUGAGGUGGACACCCGGGCUGUUGCCUUGGCCACUGGUGUGCGUGGCUGGGGCUACGACUCCGACGGGCAGCAGCACAGUGACUCUGAUUCAGAGCCAGAGUUUUCCUCGCUCUCGCCUUCCAUCCCAAGUGCCAUCCCUGUGACUGGAGAGUCCUACUGCAACUGUGAGAACCAGAGCGAAGCACCCUACUGCUCCAGCCUGCAUGCCCUCCACCGCGUCAAGGACUGCCAGUGCGGCGAGGAGGAUGAGUAUUUCGACUGGGUGUGGGAUGACCUGAAUAAGUCAACAGCCACCCUGCUGACCUGCGACAACCGCAAGGUGAAUUUCCACAUGGAGUACAGCUGCGGCACUGCUGCCAUCCGGGGGAACAAGGAGCUGGCAGACGGGCAGCACUUCUGGGAGAUCAAGAUGACCUCCCCUGUCUACGGCACAGACAUGAUGGUGGGAAUUGGGACGUCUGAUGUGAAUCUGGACAAGUACCGCCACACCUUCUGCAGCCUGCUGGGCAAGGACGAGGACAGCUGGGGACUCUCUUACACAGGACUACUGCAUCACAAGGGAGACAAAACAAACUUCUCUUCGAGGUUUGGCCAAGGCUCCAUCAUCGGGGUUCAUUUGGACACGUGGCAUGGGACGCUCACGUUCUUCAAAAACCGCAAGUGCAUAGGAGUUGCAGCCACGAAGCUGCAGAACAAGAAGUUUUACCCCAUGGUGUGCUCGACAGCGGCCAAGAGCAGCAUGAAGGUGAUCCGCUCCUGCGCCAGCUGCACGUCCCUCCAGUAUCUCUGCUGUUACCGCCUGCGCCAGCUCCUGCCUGACUACAUGGACACGCUGGAGGCGCUGCCAUUACCACCGGGACUCAAGCAGGUGCUACACAACAAACUGGGGUGGGUCUUGAGCAUGAACUAUAGCACAUCAAAGCCUUCCUCCUCCUCCUCCUCAUCAGGAAGCGACUCAGAUAGCUCCUGUGGCUCAGAUGCAGAGGCCUGCCAAAGGAAGAGGUGCAGGAGGACGUAAUGUCGCUGCAGGUGAACUGCUGUGAGGGAGUCAGGUGGGGUUUUGUUCCACUGUCUGCGAGGGCCAGCCAGGCCUGAUGCAUCUCUGUCUUCACGGGGACAUCCAUUUCUACUUGUUUGCAAAGAUUUCUCUUGCGCUGUUGGAAGUCUUUAGCCUCAACAUCCAUCACAUGCAUUGAAAAGACCUGUUGACUACAAGAGGUCCCAGAUCCAUGAAACAGGUGAACUGCAGCCAAGUAUCUGAGCUUCAUCUCAUGCCUUGCUCUCAAAGCCAUCGCCUCUUCCUGAAGGAUCCCUCUUCUCUGCAGACUGUCAGCAGAGACAAGAUUUAAGGUGGCCUCUUAGUUUCAGAGCAUACCAGACUGUGGUCAAAUGAUGGACUUUACUCCUCAAAAGAGAAAAUCAAAGACCAGUCCCCUCCUCCUAACUGUUGUGUGUUGGUUUGGUGUCUGCCAUGAACUCAUCGCAGUGGGACUCGAUUGAGCAGCAGCAUGCAGGGAAAUAGGCUCCUAUAGAUGCAUCUGCGUUGCUGUUGUGAAGGAGCAGCUCACAUGAGUUGAGCCCUUGGUGAUCUUUCUCGAGCCCCUGGUGACUUUAAUUGCUUUGCAUGUUGGCUCCUGCUGCUUCUCCUGUAUCAUUGACUGUAUUAAAAUGUCAUAAUAAAAGUAGAAAAUGUC